CCGAGCCUGGAGAGCAGCCGGAGAACCUUCUGUUUCUGGAAGAUGACACUUGAGAAGUCGUUGGUGGAUUUGUGAGGAGGACUUCAGGGAAGGGAAAAUAAAAAAAGAGCCAAAGGAAUGGAGCAGUGAGAAGGAAAAUUAACAGGAGUUGUAAAGAAAGGAAGAAAAGGGGGAUUUGGAGAGAAUGGAUUACGCACCAGAAGUCAGUGCUGGGUUCGUUCUGUCUCUGGGGGAAGACAUUUGAGAAGCGCGUUUUGGAGGACACACACACUCUCACACACACACACAGUGCCUUGCGCACACGGUUUUCAGCCUUGUACAGUAUUGAUGCACGACUUGCCAGAAGUUUGUAACACUGGAUGUUCUUUGUUUAAUGCGUUCAGUAAUACACACACCAGGUAUUUAUUAGCUCGAAUAUGCCGCAGUAUUUAAUUCCAACUCGUGCAAACUUAUUGGAAAUUUGAUGACAGCUUCUUUUUCGGACACAGUGGAUACGUGUGGAUGUAUUGGUGUGGAUUUAUUGCCAGUGCCUUUACGGAUCUAGUCAUUUCUGGCCUCUCCGACAAAUGCCCGACACGCUUGUAAAGCUCUCUCUCUCUCUCUCUCUCUCUCAUCGCGCUUCAUUUGUUCACCAGAUUAUUUCCUUUUCCAUAAAGCCGUACCAGCGGCAGCAUGCAAAGCGCGGGGUCCCCGAUGGCUCUCGCGGUGCUUUUGACCUUGUUGAGCGCGGUGAUGGACGUGAAGGCGAGCGGGGAGUACUGUCACGGCUGGCGGGAUCCGCAGGGCGCAUGGCGGGACGGCUUCCAGUGUCCGGAGCGCUACGACGCCGCCGAGGCGAUCAUCUGCUGCGGCAAGUGCGAGCUGCGUUACUGCUGCUCCAGCACCGAGGCCAGGCUCGACCAGGGCACGUGUGACAACGACAAGAAGAGCAAGGAGGAGCCGGGUGCGGGCCACGAGGAGGGCAAAAACUCCGGGGCAGUGCCCAUUUAUGUGCCCUUCCUGAUCGUGGGGUCGGUCUUUGUGGCGUUCGUCCUGCUCGGAUCAGUGGUCGCUGUGUGCUGCUGUCGCUGCCUCCGUCCCAAACAAGAACCUGCCUCCGGGGGUGGGCGUCUCCUGGAGUCCAUUCCCAUGAUGACAUCCCGGGGCUCCUCCUCCCGGCAAUCGAGCACAGCCACCUCGUCCAGCUCUUCGGCCCCGCCUGCCGCCACCACCCGCACUAUCCCUGUCUCUGCUCCCGCCCCCAUUUUGCGCACCCAAGCCUCGUGCUGUCUGCCGCCGGACGCCAGCGUCUACGUCAACAUGCCCACCAACUUCUCUGUGUUGAACUGCCAGCAGGCGACACAAAUCAUGCCACACCAGGGCCAGUUUCUUCAUCCUCAAUACAUCGGUUACGCCCACCCAGUCUCGCCCACCCAGGCCUUCCUGGACCCUACGCACGGUGCCUACAGGCCCCUGCAGUCUCCAUUCCCCCCACCCACGAGUUUGACGAGCGUGACGAGCGUUACAAGUGUGAGUGGAGAGCAGAAGCAGCCGUCUGUGACUAUAUGAGAGGCUCCUGUCACACACUGAAGGAGGAAGAAGUAAAGUCACGAGGAUCCUGAAUCCCAGGUCAGUUCAGGGCCAGUGUUGUUCGUGUCAUGUGCGCUGCAGACAGCGUGUGAGCUGUGUUUGUGUUGAGAAGACAACCAUUCACUCUGUACACCCCUGUCAUUAGCACACAUCAUGGAGAAAGUGAUUGCCUGUCCCGUUUUUGUAAAGUUUUCACUCCAGGCAUAUUCACCUUGGGUGAUAGUCCCCUGGCUCCCUUUAGCAAAGUCACACCCCAUCUGUUUACUUCUGUAAGGACCGGGAGUGUGGAUAUACACCAUCGCCAGCUUAUUGCGGUACAGAUACAGACAUACAUUAGAUCUUAUUUUAGGCGACAACUGAAGCCACUAUUCCAGCAGACCUGUUGCCAAGAACAACGUGCCCCAUCACCCCCCUGUCAACUUGUCUUCGUGUUGAAUUAUUUUUAAAAAUAUUUGUUUCUUUUUUUAAUAACUGAAGAUAUUUUUUUCUGCAGAGAACAUCUGAUAUUAAUCCUAAUAUAAUGUAUUAUUUUUUUGGUUUGAGAACUUA